AUGACUGUCGAUAAUUCAUAUUUGGUGUUAAACAAUCAUUCAAAAAUAUACAACACAUAUUCCAUUUAUUUUGUUAGAGGAAGUGUUGUUACUUUAAAUGGUAUGAAUGAUUCAAAACAGGUAGAAACAAUUUCUUUUAAUACUGGUCGUUGUUUUCAACCUUGUAUAUAUGAAGAUGAUUUUAUUUAUACAACUGUAUUAAAUGUGACCGGAAAGUCCUUUAUUGAAAUAAGAUAUGGAUUUAUUUUUGUCAAUUCAACAAUAAUAGUUACUAACAGGGAUAUUAGAGACUUACCUGUCAUGUUUAAUAUUAAUUCAAUUUAUAUUGAUUUUACAAACUCAACUGUGCAAUCAAAAAACAAUUUUGAUUUAAUUUACUCUUUAACGAGAAUCACAGUAACAUAUUUAGCGGGUACACAAUUGUUAAUGGACGGCAAAUUAUUGAGAUACGGAAAUUCGAAGAAAAUAUUUUGUCAUCUCAAAGAAGUUACAAACUAUAAUCUGAAAUACGCUGAAACUUACUGUCCAUGUAAUGACACAGAAGACUGGUAUAUCACUCCUCUCCAAAACAUUACAUCUUUAACAAUAAAAAUUGGAACAUAUACAAUAACAAGCUUCAUAAGUGAUGAAUAUGAAUCAGAAAGUGUUAGAAUAGGAAACACGAAAAUUUCUUUGAACAAAACUGAUAAUUUUGUUCUUGGUAUUUUAACACCAGAAACAAUUGAUAUUAAACUUUUUGAAUUAACAAAAACGGUUCUGUUUGUUUCAGAAACAAUAUUGCAGUUUGGAGAUGUACAGUUCAACGCCGCAAUAUAUACAAAGAAAAAUAUUAAAAAACUUGUUUUGAAUUGCACAGAUAAAAUGUACAAUAAAACGUCUCAAAAGUGUGAAGACCCAACCAUUUGUGAUGAUGUGAAUUGUAGAUAUUGUCCUUUAAUUAAAACAAGUUGUAUUACUUGCAAAAGUCAAUUUGCAGAUGGUUUGUGUGUAAAUGAUGAGACUUGUUUAAUUGUUCAAUUUGAUGAAAAGUGCCAAAUAUGCAACACAAACAAUGGGUACGUUAACAACAAUGGUACAUGCGUAAAAAGUGAUAUUAACAGUGAGGUGACAACCAACAACAACAUUGUUUCUUGUAACAAAAAUUAUGUAUUAAACACAACAAAUUGUUUAAAAUGCAAUGAAUUUUUCACAAACGCUGAAAUAUGUGAAAAUGGAAUAGCGACAAAGUGUGAUAGUUCAAGUAAAAUGAAUAUAAAUGGAAUAUGUGAAAAGAAUGAUUGUGUACUCCCAAACGACCAAAAUGGUAAAUGCACAACAAUAAUUGAUAACUGUCAAUAUUUUUUAAAUGGGAGAUGUGAUGAAUGUGAAAAUGAUUUUAUUUUAUCCAAUAAUACAUGCAAGAAAUACGGUGAACAAAAUUGUAAUGUUCAAAACAUUUUUGGGUGUUGGAGAUGUGACAACAUUUAUUAUCUUGAUAAGUCAACAAAACAAUGUAAAAGUUGUGACCCAAGUUGUUUGAUGUGUUUUGAAACAUCGACAAAAUGUCUCAGUUGUCCACAAAACACGUAUUUGUCAAAUUACAAAUGCAACACAAACGAAGAGUUGGAAACGAAGUGUGACCAAUAUGCAAGUUUUGGAAGUGGUUGUGUUGUGUGCAAAGACGGGUAUUACAGAGUAGGACUUGAUUGUUAUAAAUGUGAUCAAAAAUGUGGGAAGUGCCUAAACAUAAAUAGUUGUCUCACCUGCAAUUCAACAAAUUACAAAACAAUCGGCGGUGAGUGUAUGCCACAAAGUGAUAUCGUCGGGUGUGUAGUGGAUGUUACACAAAAUGGGUGUCCAAAAUGUCAAGAUGGGUAUUUUACAGUCAACACAAACGAAUGUCAGAAAUGUGAACAAAUUUGUUUAACAUGUUCGUCCACAAACAAAUGUACUUCAUGUGAUAAUUCACUUGUUUUACUUUCAAACGGAAAAUGUGUUGAUCUUUCACUAAUAUUAAAAUGCAAUGAAAUUACUAAAUCGAAGUGUAUGAAGUGUUCAUUUUGGAAUGAACCAAGUGAAGAUGGGACUUAUUGUGAAACACAGGCUGUUUGGUGGGUGAUAUUUUUAAUGGUGUUAUUAUUUAUUAUUAUCUUUGUAUCACUUAUUGUGAUAAUAAUAAUAACCACAAAGAAAAUAAUGCAAAAACUCCACAAAAAAGAAGUAGAGAAAACAACAACCGUAUUUCAAAUGAAGAGGUCGAAUAUUCAUUUCGUUUUUCUUCAGAACGGAAUUUGUGUUUCCUCCAAAGAAAUUAAUUUCAACAAAAAUAUAAAUGAAAUUCCAGUGAAUUUGGAAAGUCGAGAAGUUUUCUGUGUUGGAAACAAUAACAAAAAUGUUGUUAAAAUCCAAUUCACAAUUACAUCAAAAUUUGACAAAUUUAAUCUUAAAAUUAGACCAGAAGUUGUUUGUUUUAAAAAGGGAUAUGCUUGUGAAUUUGAAGCUGUUUUAAUCCCCUUUUGCACGUGUCAAAUCAAAAACACAAUUCAAAUUGUUUCAAAGUGCCUCAAAAAACAAGAAGAAAUAUUCAACCCAAUCAAAGUCGUUGGAAUAACACAACAAACAACACGAAUUGAUUAUGAGGAAUUAAAAGAGGAGAACAAACUUGGAGAGGGUUCGUUUGGAAUUGUCUACAAAAAAAAGGAUGACAAAAAAGGACAAGUCGAAUUUGAAAAGGAAGUUUCUAUGUUAGAAAAAUUUAGAAAUGAGUAUAUCAUCCAUUUUUAUGGCGCUGUUUUUAUACCAAACAAGAUCUGUAUGGUCACUGAAUUUGCACAAUAUGGGUGUUUACAAGAUUUAAUAGAACACAAAAAAUCUGAUGAUAUUGAUAUGAAAUUACGUAUUAAAAUGCUGUUGGAUGCAGCAAAGGGAAUAUCAUAUCUACACGAAAAUGGGAUAUUACACAGAGACAUCAAGCCAGACAAUAUUCUUGUAUUCUCACUUGAUGUAAAAGAAAAAAAAUGUCAAUAUGUUGAUGACCAACAUGACUUUCACAAAGGGUAUUGGAACACCAAUUUAUAUGGCGCCUGA